AUGGACGCCUCCGCUGCCAGCAGCAACACCGAAGCCAAAGCCAACAUUAACACCGUUGUGACCACUACCCUACGACCAACCGCAGCAGUUCCAGUUGAACAGCCACCUCCCUCGUACUGGCAGGUCGUCGCCCAGACUCAGAACCAUGCCGGGCCUAUACCCAGUUAUCGACAGAGUCGCCGCCUCCGCUUCCAUCCCUACGUUCGGUAUGUCGCUGAAGAGGUGGACGAGACGGAAAGGCUGCUGAACACCAUUUACGACGAAGAGCGAGUCGUGCUCGACGUUCCGUCUGCCAGGCCUGGCGCGGAACGACGUGUUUUCCCUCUUGUGGCUCAUCCGCCCAUGGACGAUGAGACUAGGAGGCAGCUCGAGCGCGCCAUAGCAUUUGAGCGACGUGUGCACCGUCUUCAGCCGGUGUUAUUCGAAUUCUUCGACGGUUUGGAACGUGCCCGUCGCGCCUAA